UUGGACAGUUGGGUCACGGUGACAACAAACGGAGUAGCCCGAAGCUCCUUUCAACCCUGGCCGGCCGGAAAGUGCUCCAAGUAGCCUGUGGCUGUAAUCACACUAUUGUGGCCGUUUGCAGCAAUGGCAACCAGACGGCGCAUUCAACAGCAGAAGUGUUCGCCUUCGGAGCUGGCAGCGAGGGCCAAUUGGGCAUUGGCGAUCUGCACCGGCGCCUCCAACCUACUCAGAUUCCGGGUUAG